AUGGAGGGAGAUUCUGUCACUCUAAACUCUGAUGUUACUGAAAUACAUGAAGAUGACGACAUACUGUGGAAAUUUGGAGCUGAAGAUUCUCUCAUAGCUGAAAUCAGUGUGUUUGGUGAGUCAGUGUCAGUGAUGGAGGGAGAUUCUGUCACUCUAAACUCUGAUGUUACUGAAAUACAUGAAGAUGACGACAUACUGUGGAAAUUUGGAGCUGAAGAUUCUCUCAUAGCUGAAAUCAGUAGAGAGGACCAAAUCUUCUCCACAUUUGAUGUUCUUGAUGGGAGAUUCAGAAACAGACUGAAGCUGGACAAUCAGACUGAAUCUCUGACCAUCACAGACGUCAUAAUUGAACAUGCUGGACACUAUAAACUACAGAUAAGUGGAGAUAAGUUGUUAUCAAAAACAUUCAGUGUUUCCAUCUAUGCUCGUCUGCCCACUCCUUACAUUACCAGAGAUUGUUCACACAAUAUUUCAUCAUCAUCACAGCAGAAUUGUUCACUGGUGUGUUCAGUGGUGAAUGUGGGUCAUGUGAGUCUCUCCUGGUACAAAGGAAACAGUUUAUUGUCCAGCAUCAGUGUGUCUGAUCUCAGCAUCAGUCUCUCUCUACCUCUGGAGGUGGAAUAUCAGGAUAAAAACACCUACAGCUGUGUGCUCAACAAUCCCAUCAGCAACCAGACCACACAUCUGGACAUCACUCAACUCUGUCAGAUUCACUCAGAACUAUCGAUUACAGAUCAAGGUCUACCGUUAUUUUACAUAUUGAUCCCUGCUGCCACUGCUGGUUCUCUGUUGAUUGUAGUUUCAGUCGUGAUGUGCUGCACCUGCAAGAAAUGUAGAAAAACAGUCCAAACCCACGAGGAAGAGUCUGAUUCAGCAUUGUGUAAACCCAAAACACACAAAAAGAAAUCAAAGUCGGAGGCUGUGUAUGAAAAUGUCCCCAAAAAACGCUGA